CUUUGCGUGUCCCGGAAGUGAAAGCGAAGGACCGAAGGACUGAUGAGUGUCUGGAGUGCAGGAACCUGUCGGUAGCGUUUGUGCCUAGCGGGGGUUUUCUGGAUUAGAAAAUGGACACGUUAAAUAAACUGAAACAGUUUGACGCGUAUCCCAAAACUCUGGAGGAUUUCCGAGUGAAGACGUGGGGAGGAGCGAGCGUGACCAUCAUCAGCGGUGUCAUCAUGCUGAUCCUGUUUGUCUCUGAGCUGCAGUACUAUCUUACUAAAGAGGUUCACCCUGAGCUGUACGUCGACACGUCGCGAGGAGACAAACUGAAAAUUAACAUCGACGUCAUCUUCCCCCACAUGCCCUGCGCCUAUCUCAGUAUAGAUGCGAUGGAUGUGGCCGGUGAGCAGCAGUUGGACGUUGAACACAAUCUGUUCAAACAGCGCCUGGACAAAGACCUGAAAGCAGUCACCCUCGAGGCAGAGAAACAUGACCUUGGUAUGGCUGACGAUGGUGAAGUGUUUGACCCCAGUUCACUGGACCCAAACAGAUGUGAGAGCUGCUAUGGAGCUGAGACUGAAGACCUCAAAUGCUGUAACACCUGUGAUGACGUGCGGGAGGCGUACCGGCGGCGAGGCUGGGCAUUCAAAAACGCCGACACCAUCGAGCAGUGUAAGAGGGAGGGCUUCACGCAGAGGAUGCAGGAGCAGAAGAAUGAAGGCUGCCAGGUUUACGGCUUCCUGGAAGUCAACAAGGUGGCUGGGAAUUUCCACUUUGCUCCUGGAAAGAGUUUCCAGCAGUCUCAUGUCCAUGUGCACGCUGUGGAAAUUCAUGACCUACAGAGUUUUGGCUUAGACAACAUAAACAUGACCCAUCUAAUAAAACACCUGUCGUUUGGUAAAGAUUACCCCGGCAUCGUUAACCCUCUGGACGAGACGGACGUCACAGCGUCACAAGCAUCAAUGAUGUACCAGUAUUUUGUGAAAAUUGUUCCUACCAUUUACGUGAAAACUGAUGGAGAGGUGGUAAAAACAAACCAGUUCUCGGUCACCCGGCACGAGAAAGUGGCCAACGGGCUAAUAGGAGACCAGGGGCUGCCGGGCGUCUUUGUUUUAUAUGAGCUGUCACCCAUGAUGGUUAAAUUCACAGAGAAACAAAGAUCAUUCACACACUUCCUAACAGGAGUUUGUGCCAUUAUUGGAGGUGUAUUUACAGUGGCCGGUCUGAUCGACUCGUUCAUCUAUCACUCAGCUCGGGUCAUCCAGAAGAAGAUAGAGCUGGGCAAGGCUUCCUAACAGCACCCCCCCACCCCCCUACUGGCCUCCAUGGUGCAAAACAGACCAAGACCCGGAUGCAGAAAGAAGAGGACAGACAGACAGACAGACAGACGGACAGACAGAGGGAGCAGUUUGGAAAGUUUCAUUUUUUUUCUCCUGUCACAUUGAGUGAGAAAUGCAGAAAGAGAGACACAGAGGUUUUAAAUUGGCCACGUUUUUAAUUCCUCUGUCUCUCUUUUUGUUCUGGAAAAGAACAGGGGAGGAAACUCAUGGUCCUUUUUGAAUUUUGCUCUCUGGUAAAUUAAAUGCCAACAGGACAGAGUCAGAAUCAGACAGCUAUGGCGACGUUUUGUGAUUGAACUCGAGCAGAAAGGAGGAUGCCUCAUCUGCCUCCAGGUGCUUCUUCCUGGAAAAAGGGGAACUUCCUUCCCUCGCUACUGUACACUGAAUGUUCACGAGACGAUCUGUGGUCGAUCCUUUGUGCCAGAGGGGUGAGGGUGAGAGGGCACGAAGAAUUUUUAAAGGAAUAAAUCACCCAACAUUUUUACUUUUCUUAUCAGUUUCUCAUCCCUAUCAACCUGAUCUGCCUGAGGGGAAAAUGUUAGUGCGCACAUUUCUUUUAACUGAAUCAAAGACGGACAUAGAUAAUGUUUUCUCAAAAGUACAAGAAAGUUAGUGUGUGAUCUCAGUGUAAUACAUUUAUUGAGAUCAGAAAUAGGAUUCAAGGAUAAAUCGGCUUAUAUUUUGUCCACAAAUCCCAUGAAAAGACCAAAUUCAACUAUGAACUGUUACCAAUAAGAAUGAUUGUGUGUGUACGCAAAGCCUAAUAUAUCUUCUUCCUCUGUGCCAUAGAGCUUAAUUGUUGUCCAAAUACUAUUAAAACACAUCAGUGAGCAACACUGUUGCACUGGGUGACAUGUUUCUUCAUCACCAUGAACACACACGCUGCAGUUUAUUUCUCUCAACCCCACAUGCACUGUCCUGCUGCCACAUAUUCUCACUAGAGCACCGAAUGUGGAUUAGUCCGCUGCUGAAAAUAGUCCCCAACAAAUGCACUAUUUAUCCUGUUUAAUGUUUGCUACAGUGACCAAUUUUUUUGGGGGGGGAAAUCCAGAGCCUUCAAAAAAAGUCUUCAGUAGUAACCAAUGGUCUUGGGUCUGAGAGCCACAGACAGGUUAGGGAUAUCAGAAAGUAAUGAGACAGACUGACACAUUGUUGGUUUUGGACUUUUCAUGGGAUUUGUUGGUGUUAAAAAAAACAAGAAGAAUAUCGCCUGGCUUCUCCUUUAAGUUCUCUCCACAGAGUUGUCAGGAAUUUGGGGUUUAUAGUAAUAAGCACGAAGAUUUUCAUAUAAAUAAAUGUCUAUUAAGUCACUAUCUAUUGCCAAAUGAGGUAACACGAUGGUGAUUGAGCAGUAUUACGGCUGUCAAACAGUGGAAUUGCAACUCCAGCCCAUUACGUGAUGCCCUCGGGCCCAAAAUACUUUUCCUAUAGACCUACUUAGAAAGACACUUCUGUAAAUCCGUGUAUACAUUAUUUUAGGCCACCCCACAAGAAAAUACAAAACAUUAUGGGUGACGUGUUACCUUAAAGAUAAGCUGAUUUUCUUUUGAAACAGGUAAAAAAAAUGACACACACUAUACAGGCAGAUGUCUGUCCUCACUUAAAUUAAAACCACUAUGUGUAGGAUUUUGUACAUUUGUAAAAAAAGAAAAGAAAAAAAAAAUAGUCUGCUCAUCUGUGGCGCUGUGUUGGAUGUGUUGGGGUGCAUGUUGGUCCAUCCUGAUAAUUGGACUAAAUUUUGUUCACUUCGUUAUUCACCCUGGCAUUGUGACAUAAAUCAUACAAGCAGACUGAUCUCAUGAAAUGGCGUAUUUAUGACAUACCAAUUCGUAUGCCAUUAUUUGUGUGUUAUCAAGAAACAUCCUUGCUUUUUAGUUUGUACAUCAACGCCGUUUGGCCUCCAUCGACUUACAUUACAAUGUGAUAGCGCGUGAAUUUACGGCGUAGCGAGUAGUAUGAAAGCCGAAAAUCUGCGUAGCGGUAAAACACAGGACUUUCACCCGGGAAACCGGGGUUUGUGUCACGUUUCCUAAACUCAACUGUCGCUGUCUUUUACAAUUUUUUUUUUUUUUUUGUUUUACUAAAGCCCACCUGGUUCUUCUUUUGCUAAACCCAACCUGCGUGUCACAUUUUCUAAACUCACAUUCUCUCGAUAACACACCAACUAGCAAAUAGCUCAAAAUGCGUACAGAUAACACAAAAGUGGGCAUGUAUGUUUACACAAAGUCAUGAUGUCAUGUUGAUGCAAGUCUAGCUGGUCAACACAACUUUGGACUGACUUCCACUCGAUGCAGACCGUUGGGUAACACCUGUGUUUGACUUCAGCGUGGCGUUUGACCUGCAGUCCAGCAGCCGGUUGAGGCACAGCACAUGUACUAUAACACGCUGUGAAACCCUGAAGAACCCGUUGACCUUUUCAGUCAACACAAAGCUGUGGCAGGGGUUGCUGGGAGUAGUUAACUUGACAUUUAUCGUGAUCAUCAAAUAGAUAUGUCAUUGAGUUGUGUGUGUGUAAGGGUUAAGGUGUUUUUGUACCAUGUUUUCUGUUGUUGUCCUUUUAUAGACUGUGGAAGGAAGCGUUCCCCGGUCCUAAACCCAAUGACCUCGAUUGGCUCGGUUGUGAUCCUAACCAGACACCGUCAAUGAGCUCAAGUGAAAAAAAAAAAAAAAAUGUAUGCACUGAUUCAGAGGUCUGAGACCAUAAUGGAUAAUGUGUGUCUGCGUUUCUAACACUUACACAUAGUGGCUUU